AUGGUAUGUUUACGAAGAAAGAGUUUACUGAAGCCACCUCCCUUUACCAGCUUAGACAACUAACUGCCCCCCGGUAUAGCCUCAUCUUGUCCAACCGUCCAUUGAAACGUUGACAAAGAUCAUCGAGUCGAAUGCAGGCGAAUCAUCGCGGCCAAACUUGUACCCCAUCUACAAGUACGUUCCUCACAAUGACAUAACAAUCCACCAGGCGUACCUUAGACUUGCAAAGAUCAACGACAAGAACAGGCUACCUUCGUUUUUGUUCGAGUCGUCAGUUAAAGGGGACACCGUGGAUAGGUACUCCUUCAUCGGGAUCAAUCCCUCGAAAAUCAUCAAGACUGGAGACGACCCCGCGAAAUUUUCCAAGGAGUUUUGCGACGUGGACCCCAUCACUGUGCUUGAGAAGGAGUUGGAGCAGUACAGACAGGCGGCGUUGCCUGGUUUGCCCAAAUUCAGCGGUGGCGCAACCGGGUACAUAUCCUACGACUGCAUCAAAUAUUUCGAGCCAAAAACAAAGAGACCCUUGAAGGAUGUGCUUGAACUCCCAGAGGCAGUACUAAUGUUUUGCGAUCUGGUGAUUGCUUUUGACCACGUUUUCCAGCGAUUCCAGAUUAUUCACAACAUCCACGUGGAAGAGACCAAGGAGUUGGACGCGGCACACAAAAAGGGAACCGCUGCCAUUGAGGAGAUUGAAAAGUUGCUUCUCGCUGACGUCCCCAAUGAGGCCAUUUUCCCCAAACAGAAACCAAUAAAGUUGGGGCAGACGUUUACUUCCAACAUUGGCCAAAAGGGGUACGAGCAACAUGUAACCACACUCAAGGAACAUAUUUUGAAAGGAGACAUCAUCCAAGCAGUGCCAUCCCAGCGGGUUGCUCGUCCUACAGAAUUGCACCCGUUCAAUAUAUAUAGACAUUUGCGCACAGUCAACCCUUCGCCUUAUUUGUUCUACAUUGACUUGCUCGACUUCCAGAUCAUCGGAGCUUCGCCCGAGCUAUUAGUGCAAAGCGACGCCAAAGGCAGAAUAGUGACGCAUCCAAUUGCAGGCACGAUACCACGAGGCGGGACCAACGAAGAAGACGAGAAGAAUGCCGAAAUAUUGAGAGCUAGUUUGAAAGACAGAGCCGAGCACAUCAUGCUUGUUGACUUGGCCCGCAACGACGUCAACAGGGUCUGCAGACCCGAGACCAACAAAGUUGACAAGUUGCUCACGAUCCAAAGGUUUUCCCAUGUGAUGCACUUGGUUUCUGAAGUGAGCGGAACCUUGCGUGACGACCAAACGAGAUUUGACGCGUUCAGAUCCAUUUUCCCCGCAGGUACCACCAGCGGUGCCCCCAAAGUCAAGGCGAUGGAGCUCAUUGCCGAGUUGGAAAAGGAGAAGCGGGGCGUCUACGCCGGUGCCGUUGGCCACUGGGGGUACGACGGCAAGACCAUGGACACGUGCAUUGCGCUUAGAACCAUGGUGUUUAAAGACGGCGUGGCCUAUCUUCAAGCGGGCGGCGGAAUUGUGUUUGACAGCGACGAGUACGAAGAGUACGUUGAAACUAUGAACAAAAUGAGGGCCAACAACAACACUAUUGUCGAAGCGGAAAAGGUUUGGGCUGCAAAAGCUGGAACAAUAGAGUAA